UUAACGUUGGCGAGUUAACGCUUGGUUGCAUUCCGUUAUGACUUCUUUGGAAACGGAAACUGCUUCUAUGAAGACGCAGAAACCUGGGGAUAGAGUUCUUGCUGUUUUGCGUGGAAUCUGCAGCAUGGUUGCCCAUUUUGCCGCUAUAGCUUUCACCGCUUAUAUCUUUUACAUAUCCAGUCCUGGCUCAAGUUUGUUUUCAUGGCACCCUACAUUGAUGUCUCUCGCAUUUAGCUGUUUGAUGGUUGAAGCUAUUUUGGUGUUUUCGCCGGAAAGUAGUCUAUUUAUAAAGGCAUCUCGGAAGACUAAGGUCCGAAUACACUGGAUUCUACAAACCUGUGCAGUAGUUAGUGGGAUUUUAGGUUUCUCUGCAAUCGUGAUCAACAAAAUAAGAAACAACAAAGAACAUUUUAAAUCGUGGCAUGGCACUUUUGGACUGAUAACUGUUAUUUAUGUUAUUGUCCAAGCUUUAUUCGGGAUAUUUUUGCUUUAUCCACAAGCUGCAAAGAAAUGGAACUGGAAGCUUAUGCAAUUAAAAGUAUAUCACGCUACAUUCGGCUUACUGGGCUUUACCCUUGCUUGUAUUACCGUUGUGUUAUCUUUAUUUUCCAAUUUUGUUGUCAAGUCCGCGGGGGUGGAUGGUUUUAUUUGGGGAUUAUGUUUCUUUUGUCCAACAUGGUGUUGCUUUAUUGUAAUGAACCAAGUCACCAACGCAUACUUGCCCAUCACAAGAAAGUCCGCACCUUUGUAGGUUUUACUAUAAUUUUAAAUUUUUUACACUUCCUAACAUUGCAUUAUGUGUUGUAUGAAUAUAAUAAGCAGAGUUUAAAAUGCGCUGCGACAAAUGCAUUGAUUUAAAUAUAUAUUAUAACUUAUGUCAACAGUAUAGGUGGGGGAAAUUGCCACAGACUUUUUGGUUUUGGUGACUUAAUUGUGCAAACUUUUUAUGUUGUGAAUCUUUAGAGUUGCAUUAGCAAAGGCUACUUUUAGUUGUUUUAAAGUGCUAAAUUAUGAUUCAGAUUGAUACAAUAAUACCUAUCCAACAUGUGGAAAUAUUGUUUUUUAAGCAUUACUGUGCAAAGAGAAGUAAAAUGAGUUAACUCGUUAUUUGUGCAACUUGGUUGAUGGAUUGAAUAAUAAAUAUUGCAAGAAAUUA